AUGUUGGCUUGUGGCACUGUAUUUUUCCCAGGGCUGUUCUUCAUAACCAGGAAACUGCUUAAAUCAGCUUUUAAAAGUUGGAAUGAUGCAGAUGUGGUUGCGGUCAGUGAAAGGUAGGCUUUAUUGCAUGAAUAGUUACGUAUGCAUAACCUAGCUAUUUCUUGUCCUUGAAUGACUUUUAACUAAUAAUUGACAACAUGUAUUUGAGUGAGUGUUUGAACUCCUGAUCAUUCUAUCAGAACCAAUAAAAAAAAAAGUAUUUGUGCAAUUUCAUGGCCUUAUCGUAUCUCAUCUGUUCACAAGGUUGCUGUCCUCUGUCCAUGCCACUCCACUACUAUUGUUGGGUUCAACAUUGCUACUGCCUCCAGUGAUGUGAUGUCUGACAGGUAAAAAUUAAUAUUUGGAUUAUUGCCACUAAACCAGCAAUCAUCACGUGUAGUGAUUGAGUGAUCUCCUCCCUUCUCCUCUGAGUGGGAAUUUAACCAGUGAUACUUUGUUUGGCAGCUGAGUGCACUACCACCACUGCCAUAAAAACAAGCGUUUUUGGGACAGAGGCCGUAGUACACUCAGAUACAAGACUGACAUGUACAAAUGCCCAUCACCAGAGAUCUCUAGAGGCUAAACUGAGUACAACUUCCCACCCUACUGCAGGCAGCACAACAUCUUAACACUAAGUCACAUCUUAACACUGUGGUCAAUUUACACAACCACUCCUUAUCAGCAGGGUUUUGCUGUGUUUAUUUCCUUAGUGACUGAAACUGUACCUCAAUUAUUCAUAGUCCUCCAUACAUGAUCAUCUCAUACCAAACACUGUAUUCACAUCACAGGGCACAGGUUAUACAUUAGAAUGGGAAGGCUUCUAGGUGCACUGUGCACUAGCAUUAGUAUUAUAUAGCCUUAUUAGCCUACACAUGAUAUCUGACUAGUCAGCUGGCAUUGAUGAUCAGUUUAUGAUGCAUUUUGUCAUCGCUCAAGAAUGAAACUUUAUGAUACUUGCCUCAAUACUCCAAAGUUGCACUUGGUGGAGGAAAAUGAUUCAGUGAUUUGAUAGGGAUGAGGCCACAUUUGGUUGUAUUUUUAGUGGUAACUAACACUACAAAAAUUAAGUGGAUAUGUGCUCACCUUCAUCAUGAUCCUUAUGUAUGUCACCUUCAUCUUUAGCCACAGACUGUGUGGUUUGGCGCUCCUUGCAUGUCUUAUAUCUACACCAUGUAUCUGAGUAACUACCACAGUCAAAAGGUCAAAGGGCACGAGGCGUACAAAAAGCACUCCCUUUUUACCAUCAAGCUGUUCCUCCUCCGGCAUCCCCUGCUGGUGGUCCAUCACAUGGUCCUCCUCACGGUCUUCAUGCCCAUCACUCUGGUGAGGAAGGAGCACAACAAUUACUGUACAGUAACUUUAGUUCUUUGUAGUCCUCAUGCGUUACGUCAGCAGUUUAUAUAUUUUUUUACUGCAUGAUUUAAUUGAUUUCAUGUCAAUUGUUUACGACGCAUGUGACAAAUAACAUUGGAUUUGAUGACAACACCAGGCAGCUAUUGCAAGUGUACCCAUGAGUUGACCAGUCAAAUUGCCAGGAUUAUAGGCUCCAAGCCUGUUCUAUUCAUUCUGAUGUCUAUGCCCAUGAGUUUACCGGAAUGAAUACACCAGAGGUAGAGAAUGGUGCUGUUCCAGGUGGUCUACAUAGCAGUUACACUGCAAGCAGCCACCAAUGAUUGCAUGACAUGUUACUGAUGGCGUUCCACAUCAUCACACUGCCAUCAUUAUGCUAGCUAAAGUUAGUUGCAAAGUUAGGCUGAAAAGUUUUGCCACCAGCUCCUCCUUGGUUGGUUUUUCAACCGGUGCAAUGUUGGGAGUUAGGUCUGGUGUGUCAACUUUGUAUAUGAUCAGUUUAUCUUCCCGCCGCUUGAUAGCCUGCUGGACCAAUCGGGUUUUAAAGUUCAAUUUCUUCUGUUCAAACACUUAUCUACCUAGUUCUUGGCCUGUUUGGAAUACUUCACAUGGCUUCUGGAUCUACUGAAAGAUGUGUAACAGAAUUACAAACAAAAUGUAAAUGAGUCCUAAUUAGUCUUUCCUUGCAUCCUCCUGAAAAAGUAUUGGAGGAGGCAUGAGUGGAGGAACAUUGGGUCCGCUCUUUGAGAAGGGUGUGAAAAGGAUACAAAGAUAGAAGAUGUGAGAAAUUGAACAAAGAUAAAAUCCAAGACUGUAUGGUUCAAUGUCCUAUCCUCAUGUCUGUUCCACCACCCAUCUCCUUCUUACAUUCCCUCCCAGGUAGGUAGAAACAAAGAGUGAUUGGUGAUGUUGUCUGGUAUAAAACAGAGAGUCAGUCAUUGCAUGUAAAUUCAGGGCAUGAGCUGAUAUUCUAAAUGUUUUAAUUUAAAUAAUGUAAGGUUGGGUUAGUUUGUUGUCAUUACAACUCACGCACCAACUACGGCCAGAGCCAUAUAUUUAUUUAUAUGGCUCUGUCUAGGGCUGUGUCCUACUCAUGGACCUUAACUAGGGCAAGUAAUUUUAUGCAAUCAAUAGCACUACAGAAAACUGAUGCCUAGUAUAAAAUAAUAUACUAUUUAUUAUCAGUAACGUUAUAAUGAAAAAGGGAAUUGCGUCACAAAGCUAAAUAAACAAAGCAGUCAGUAGGACAGGAUAACGUCACCGUCACAGAGGUAGCUAAGCUAAAAACACCACAAAUGAGUUCAGUGAAUGGCAAAAAAAUACCGUUAUAAAUUACUUUGUGGUUACUAGCUACAGGUAUUAGCAACUUAGCUAGCAACAUACCUUGAAUGGUUGGAGCUUUCCCGUCUAUGGCGGAAAGACGGUGGGAGCAGAACCCGGUUUCAACCGGUCCCUUUUGUAGUCAGUGGCCACAAAGUGAUCACUGGACACGGUCAACAUCCAGCAGGUGAAUGACUUCAGGCGUCGUAUCGACACCAUAAGCACAAUGCUCCAUCGCGGUCAGUAAAAGAGUGGAAAUGUUUAGUGUAUUUGUAUCUCAAUGCACUUUUGGCCAACUUCACUCAGCUUCUUGACUACUAACGUUAUUCGACUUACUUUACUUCAGCCUCGCUAGCUACCAUCUCUGUUUACUUCAUUUCGUUCUGAUUUCCUUCCUUGAAGAACAAUAGUAAGACGCUCAUUCGUCCCGCCUAAUGUAAUUAUCCAUUUUAGAACCACGAAGAAGAGUAUCUACCGGGUUACAUACUAUAUGGAAGACCUUUCCGGUCUUUGUUUUUAAUACUUUUUACAUUAAACACCACAUUUAUUUGGCAAUUCAAUGCCUCGACACCAAACGUUGUUUAUGUAACAAUAAAUACACCGUUUUUAAUACAUUUUUAGGUAAUUUCGGGAAAUUCUGCAUUUUUAUAUAAAAAUGUGUAUGGGUGGUCCCGGGGAUCGAACCCACUACCUUGGCGUUACAAGCGCCGUGCUCUACCAGCUGAGCUACAGAGGCUGUUUGAAUAAUAACAGGUUUUAUCCAGGCUUCUGGUAAAAAUCUAUGAAUUUGACAUUCCUAACAUCACACACUCACAACAACACCCUGUAAGACUGUCAGUCUGGUCCAGCCAGCAUUGAACGUUGCAAUGGAACGGGAAUGUCUGUCAUUCUAAUUCUACAACGUCUCCAUUCUAUUAUUCUACAGGAGAGGUGAUGGAGCACUAGCUAAAGCCUGAAGGUCUGGAGGGGAGAUAGAGAAGAUAGGAUGAUAGGAGAGGAGUUUCUGUAUUUCUGGAAGAACAAGACAAUGGAAUGGAUGGAGUCUAAAGGCUGCCCCUUGAUAGCCUGACCAGUCUACUAUCUGGUCCGUCUUCUCUAGUCUUUAAUGACAGGCUCUAGUGGCCUAACCUCGGACCUCUUCUAGUGUAGGGUUUCUUGUGUAAAAGGUUACUAUAAUGGUGGAAUUUUCGUAAUGCAAAUUAAUUGUCAAAGCGCAAAUAUUGGGCUUUGACAUGCACUGCAUCUUAGUACUUGAGGCGUCACUACAGAUCCCCUGGUUCGAUUCCAGGCUGUAUCACAACCGGACGUGAUUGGGAGUCCCAUAGGGCGGCGCACAACUGGCCCAGCGUCGUCCGGGUUUGGCUGUCAUUGUAAAUAAGAAUUUGUUCUUAACUGACUUGCCUAGUUAAAUAAAGGUAAAAUAAAUACUGUUAACCUCAUAAUAGUCUGGCCGUAAGGCUCUGGUCUAACGUAGUGCAGGGAACAGUGCCAUUUGGGAGGCAGCUAUGAAUUCCUUAAGGUGUCUUGUGUAAGAUGGUCCUUUAUGUACAGGUAUACAAACUGUUGUUUUAUCACUCCGUAUUCCUUAGUCUCCUGUGAAAAUGACAUCCAGAUAUAGAUUCUACAGACCUUACUGAGUACUUCCAAUCCCACUUUAACCUCGGCACAAAUAAUUGUUUAAAAAAAAUCUUUAAUCAAAUGUUUUCCAUAUACUGUGUAUUGCACAUGUCAAACUCAUUCCAAGGAGGGCCCAGUGUCUGCGGGUUUUCGCUCCUCCCUUGUACUUGAUUGAUGAAUUAAGGUCACUGAUUAGUAAGGAACUCCCCUCACCUGGUUGUUUAGCUCUUAAUUGAAUGGAAAGACUAAUAACCAGCAGACAAUAGGCCCUCCAUGGAAUGAGUUUAACACCCCUGGUGUAUUGCAUUGGGGGCAAUGGAAUAGGUGGAGUACGAAAUAUUUAGACCACAUUCCCCAUAAAGAGACCCUACUUAUAAGUACUUCCAACCCCGCUUUUAUUUCUGCACAACAACAACAAAAAACAUUAUUGUAAACCAGUCUCAACAUAUUUUUUUACAAAUUAGUUAUUUUAAAUACCAUAUUUUAUUGUUUUCAUAAAUAUUUCUCAAUAUUUUCAUAUAGUCCUUGUUGCAUUUGCACAAUACAAAUGGUCAUUGAUUAAUUGUAAUACGUUUUUGAAAUCGACAUUGCAAUGUUUUGAAAUGUGGGCUUUUAUUUUGAAGGUUUCCUCAUUGAAAAAACAGGAAAGUCUCCGCACACUUCCAGUCAAAUGCAACAUUAUUUUAAUAGUAGUUGAGCUCAGCUACAAUAAAUCUGCAUAUGCAGUGUGAAUACCCGCAAGUACGGUUCUCUUCCUGCUUCCUCGUAUUUCGACGGUACAGCUGGUUAAUGCGAGUGUAUCAUGUUUAUGUUCGGUUGUGGUACUGUAUUUUUCCCAGGACUGUUCUUCAUAUCCAGGAAACUGCUUAAAUCAGCUUUCAAAAGUUGGAAUGAUGCAGAUGUGUUUGCGGUCAGCGAAAGGUAGGCUUUAUUGCAUUAAUAUUUCCUAUGCAUAACCUAGCUAGUUCUUGUCCUUGAAUUACUUAACUAGUAACUGAGAAAAGGUAUUUCAGUGAGCAGAUUUCUAGUUUUAUCAAAACAACUCCGGAGAUCAAUCUAUCAGAACUGAACCACAACCUGGAUUUACAGGAGACAUUUAAUAUGCCGAUUCUCCUUUAAACCCAGGAGCCAUUCAACAUGCAAUUCACCAGCCUUUCAAGCUUAAUCAUGUCAAAAUACGUUCGGUACUUACCAAAGAAUGCAGUUUCAGUGAAUAACUAUCGUCAUUAGAGCCUUCACGGCCGAUGGACUAAAUAAAGUUAUAUGCAACCGGAAAAAUGCCUGAAAAUAAUAUUAUUUUUGACCAAGUGUGCAUGGGCCAAAUACCUCUUCGUUACCUAGUGCAAUAUUAGUAAUGGAAUUAAAAUGCACGAAAUAAAGCGGAUCUAGAGAUAUACUAUAACGUACCUUAUUAUCUACUUAACCCUUUAACUGGCACACCAAUAAAUACAUAAAACAAUUUGUUUGAUAUUUUAAAUUCAUUUUAGAACCAAUGAAAAACCAAUUGUGUGCACUUUCAUAUCCUCAUCUCAUAUAUUCCAUCUCAUCACAAGGUUGCUGUCCUCUGUCCAUGCCACUCUGGCUACCAUUGUUGGCUUCAUAAUUGCGACUGCCUCCAGUGAUGUGAUGUCUGACAGGUAAGAAUUCCUAUUUAAAUGAUUGUCAUUAACCAGCAAUCAUCACGUGCAGUGAUUGAGUAAUUUACUCCCCUCUCCUCUGAGUGGGAAUUUAACCAGUGAUACUUUGUUUGCUGGCUGAGUGCACUACCACCAGUGCCAUAAAAACGAGCUUUUGGGGCAGAGGCAGUAGUACACUGAUAGAUACAGGACUGACAUGUACAAGAGCCUAUCACCAGAGUUUUCUCUAGAGGUUAAACUUAGUACAAGCUUUUAAGGUCAUGAACAGUCAAUUUGACUGUAGGGUCUCAGCAAAUAUAAUUAAAAGUUUAUCCUAUUUAUCUAUGGCAAAGAUACUUAUGUUUCCCCUUUCAUCUGUGUCUGGGGUUAGCUAGUUACUGGCUAGCUAGGGCGAGCUCAUGAAUAUAAGUUUCCUGCCCAGCCGGUCUUUUCAAACUUCCUGAUAGUUAGCCAUGAGAGGAAAAAUGACUAAUGAAAUUUUUAGCAUUUCUAUCCAAAACAAAUAUUAUGGGUGAUUUAUUUUAGUCACUCAAAAUAUUAUUUUACAUGGGAAUCAGAAUAACUGUUCGGGACCUUUUUAAAUAAAUGUAAAAAUCCAGGUCAUGUGACAUGAUUGACCAAAACACAGGGCCAUAUUGAUAUUAUUUAGCUCAAGUUGAAUUGGGUUGAGGAAGAGGAUGCAGUGUUAAAAAAAAAAUAUAUAUAUAUAUAUAAGGAUGAGGCCAAAUUUGUAUUUGUUUCACUGGUUAAAUUGUCAGUUUUAACUCGCACACAUCCAGUGUAAUUGCUUACUUUAGUCAUGAUUCUAAUGUACCGGUAUGUCACCUUCUUUAGGCACAGACUGACCAAUGAAUUUGUGUGGUUUGGCGCUCCUUACAUGGCCUUUGAUAUCUACGCUAUGUAUCUGAGUAACUACCACAGUGAAAAGGUCAAAGGGCACGAGGCGUACAGGAAGCACUCCCUCCUUACCAUCAAGCUGUUCCUCCUCCGGCAUCCCCUGCUGGUGGUCCAUCACAUGGUCCUCCUCACGGUCUUCAUGCCCAUCACUCUGGUGAGGAAGGAACACAAACACUACUGGACAGUAACGUUAGGUCUGACGUGUUACAUCGGCUGUUGAAAUUUGUGACUAUAGUCCAGUUUCUGUUAUUGAGAAUCUGCCGUGUCCUCCUCAAGCUGGGCUGUGCUCAAUGAGUUAGUGUUUAAUAUUCAUAGUGCUGAGUUUUUUUUCUCAGUUCCUCAGGACAGGUCUAGGUGGAGACUUCUUCAUUGGCUGUUUCUUUAUGGCAGAAUUCAGCACUCCCUUUGUCUCAUUAGGAAAGGUUCUGAUCCAGGUAAGGCCACAUCCAGAUUAAUAAACCCCUUUGUUUUUUAGUUGUGCUUUAGGAAGUCUGUUGAGCAUAGUAUGAAUUGUACUAUAACUCGCUGUACAAUCAGUAAACAUUCCCAAUGUUUUCCUCUCUAGUUGGGACUAGAGGACUCAUGGCUUCACAGAGUCAAUGGUGUGAUGGUUCUGCUGAGUUUCUUCACCUGCCGUAUCCUGCUCUUCCCCUACAUGUAUUGGGUGUAUGGUCAGCAGUACACCAUCCCCUUCCACAAAGUGCCUUUCCAUCUACAGCUCCACUGCAACUUAGCCAACCUAACCAUACUGGCACCUCAGAUCUACUGGUUUGUGCUGCUGUGUCGCAAGGCCUAUCGCCUCUACCUGCGUCAGACUAGGUCAAAGGGUCAACCUGCUCACAAAGAUGGCUCAAAAACAGAUUAG